AUGUUGCAUCAAAAUGUCACACUUCGGUCGUCGGAUACGUCCAAUACAAAAUCGCCUUCUACUCCAUCACCUAAUCAGAAUCCAUUGAGUCGUACUGGUCCAAUCGUUCAGCCUAGGCCUAGUCCACCCCAUCAGCCGUCAACUUUGGAGGAACAAGUGGCUACUACCUCCACCGCACAAACUGUCCAUGUCUCGACUACCCUGCUAGGAAACGUUAGAACCAUCCCUUCUACGGUAUUGCUACAAACUGCUGUUGUGAAGGUUAUAGAUACCCAUGGAUAUGCUUUGUGGGCAAGAGCCUUGUUGGAUCCAGCAUCACAACUGAAUUUGAUCACUGAGGACUUCUCUCAAAAGUUGAAACUGCGGCGCAUCAAAACAUAUCAGGAAAUCGGUGGGGUGGGUAAUUCUACCACCAUCUCGUCGUAUGCUGUCAUUGCCAGACUGCAGUCUCACUGUUCCGGUUUCACUGCAGAUUAUUCGUUUCAUGUUUUACCGGGAAUCACUAGAGAGCUACCAGCAAAACCCUUGAACACCCAGGAAUGGAGUAUACCAUCCAAUAUCGUCCUGGCUGAUCCCACAUUCAAUGACCCAGGUCCUAUCGAUAUGAUUUUGGGUAUGGAAAUGUAUUACGAUCUUAUCGAGGAAGGCAUUAUUCGUCUCGGACCUAACCUACCUACUUUACAAAAAACUGUUCUUGGGUGGGUUGUGUCCGGAAAGAUAGGAAACACACCUACUUCAUCAUUUCGGGUUGCGCACAUUUGUGAUGCAAGUGUCCUUGAAUCGCAAUUGACUCGUUUUUGGGAACUUGAGUCGUGCCAAACUACUAGUACGCUGUCGAUCGAAGAAACCCGUUGCGAAGAGUACUUCGCAGCAACUACAAUACGAAACACAACCGGGCGUUUUGAAGUACAUCUUCCAAAAAGAACUCCAGUCAUCUCAACGCUAGGAAAGUCAAAAGAGAUUGCCGUCAGACGAUUUCUUGCAUUGGAACGUCGUUUAUCAGCGAACCCUUCUCUGAGGGAAUCGUACACAAAUUUUAUUGAAGAGUAUCGCCAACUAGGCCAUAUGAUUGAAACGCCAGACCCGUUUUAUUGGCCUUCGUACUUCUUACCUCAUCACUGUGUUAUAAAGCCCGAUAGUCUUACCACCAAAUUACGAGUAGUUUUUGACGCAUCUUGUGCAACUGAUACCGGCGUUUCUUUAAACGAUGCACUUAUGGUCGGUCCUGUAGUGCAGGAUGACAUGAUUUCCGUAGUUCUUCGAUUUCGUAUGUCUCGGUACGCUAUAAUCGCUGAUAUCGAAAAGAUUUACCGACAGGUAGUCGUCCAUUCUUCCGAUCAACCGCUUCAACAAAUCAUCUGGAGAAAUUCCCCGCAGGAGCCAUUACGUACGUUUCAACUAACCACCGUCACCUACGGAACGUCGUGUGCACCUUAUUUGGCGACAAAAUGCCUACAAGAGUUAGCGAAGUUGGGAAGGGAUACACAUCCUAGAGCUGCUGAGGCAGUUCAUGUGGAAUUGGUGGGAGAUCUAUCGUCCGAUUCCUUCAUCGCAGCGCUAAAACGUUUCGUUGCACGUCGCGGAAAACCGAAGCUCAUUGAAUGCGAUAAUGCAACCAACUUCAAGGGAGCGUCACGCGAGCUAGAGGAGCUUUCCAAACAAUUCAAUUCUCAACAAAUGCAAUAUGCCGUAUCCCGUUCGUGUGCGGAAGAUGGCAUAGAAUUCAAAUUUAUACCUCCCCGGUCUCCCAACUUUGGUGGCCUAUGGGAGGCGGCCGUCAAAUCGUUAAAAUCGCACCUUCGAGCUACGUUAGGCAAUUCAACGUUAACCGUCGAUCAGCUGACCACACUUCUGACGCAGAUAGAAGCUUGUUUGAACUCGCGGCCGCUAACGCAAACCUCUACUGACCCUGAAGACCUUGAUUUCCUUACUCCUGGACAUUUUUUGAUUCAUCGCCCUCUUACGACCAUUGUUGAGCCGUCGUUAGAAAAUGUACCUCUAAACAGACUCGAUCGUUGGCAAGUGGUCCAAGAGUUUCUCCGCAGAAUCUGGAAACGCUGGAGCACCGAGUACUUGUCCGGAUUGCAGCCACGAACGAAGUGGACACGUCAGAUGGAUAAUAUUGCUAUUGGUACCAUGGUAUUGGUAAAGGAGGACAACUUACCACCCCUUAAAUGGCGCAUUGGAAGAGUGGUUCAUAUUUUCAAGGCCGACGACGGAAAUAUUCGAGUUGUCAUGGUGAAAACACAGGACGGAGAAUACCGACGGGCUAUUUCCAAAAUAUGCGUGUUACCCAUACGCGAAUCAUCGUUACCUACGGCUGAUGAUACCCAGAUGACUAAUCACGAGUGA